AUGGCGUGGCCGAACAAGAAUAAAGAUAUGCUCUACCGACGAGUAGGUAAUUCGGGCCUACACGUAUCGGCUAUAGGGCUGGGUGGAUGGUUGACGUUUGGAGGUCAUGUUGAAAACGAGACGACAUUGGAGUGCAUGAAGCAGGCAUACGACUGCGGGAUAAAUUUCUUCGACACGGCAGAGAGCUAUGCAGGUGGAGAAUCCGAGGUCGUCAUGGGCCACGCUAUCAGAAAGCUUGGCUGGAAACGAAGCGAUAUUGUCAUAACCACCAAGCUCAACUGGGGCCUCGCCAAUGGCGAAAUUCUCAUCAACAACCAUGGUCUUUCGCGGAAGCACAUCGUCGAGGGUACGCGGGCAUCACUGGAGCGGCUGCAACUUGAAUACGUCGAUAUUAUCUACGCGCACCGCCCGGAUCGCCUGACACCGAUGGAGGAGACAGUGCGCGCAUUCAACCAUGUAAUUGAUAGAGGAUGGGCCUUUUACUGGGGCACCUCGGAGUGGUCCGCAGACGAGAUCACAGAAGCAUGUGGGAUCGCAAAGUCACUGGGGCUCAUUGCGCCCAUCGUCGAACAGCCGCUAUACAAUAUGCUAGACCGGGAGAAGGUCGAAGGCCAGUACCAGCGCCUGUACUCGCGGUGUGGCAUCGGGUUGACGGUAUUCUCUCCGCUGAAGAUGGGCCUUCUGAGCGGCAAGUACAACGACGCAACGGCACAACCGCCGCCAGGAUCGCGAUUCGCCGUGAGCCAAGAUAAUUACAUCGGUCAACUGCGGAGUGAAUGGGGCGAUGAACAGUGGGCAGACACGAUCCGCAAGGUCGUGGGCUUGAAAGAGCUGGCUGAUCGGUUGGGGGUGAAAUUGUCGCAGCUAGCCCUUGCGUGGUGUCUGAAGAACGAGAACGUCUCGUCGGUGAUCACGGGGGCGUCACGACCGGAGCAGAUUGCCGAUAAUGUGCAGAGUCUGGCAUUGCUGCCAAAGCUGACGCCCGAGGUCAUGGCGGAGAUCGACCAGUUUUUGCAGAACAAGCCGGCGCAAGAUCCUGCUCGACAGGGUUGAUAAAGCGAGGUUC